AGGUGUAAACAUCUGCCAAAAUGGCAGUCAAACAUUGUGUGUUUAUAGCAUUAUGCGCAAUAUUAAAUGUGCCUUGGUUUACAAGUGGAAACUCUCAUAUGUGUACAUAUUUCGGUGAGUAUAUAUGCUAUGAAAUUACGUAGAUAUUUCUACUGAUUGUGACACUGCCAUAUGCUUUGGUAUGAGUUAAACAAUAUUAAGCAAUCCGCAAGCUAACGCGGUUACGCGGGCAAACUUGCAGCAAAAGUCGCCGGUGUUUCCCAGAGCCUCACGGUUAGACAACACGAAUUUGUAAAUAAAAUCUGUCCAUAGGCGGCCUUUUAGCCCAUGGUUAGUAAAUGGGAGCCAGCACGGACAUCAAAUUAGGUCGGUUGCAACCAACGACGAACAGUCGCAGAUAAAACGUCUAUCCGAGCUCACGUGAAACUACAAUGGCCUAUAAUUCAAGGAGUUAAUCCAAUUAGGGCACUUCAAAUGAGAUAGGCCUCUUCACGAGGAAUACAAAAUAGCAAAAAAUAACACUAUAAUUCUUGCCAUCGUCGGAGCUCAGAAUAGUCCAUGGCAAAACACUUUUCCUACAAUUCCAACUACAAUAGACAAUAGUCAAUACGCAUUGUUGUUAAUAACAAAUUUUAGCACCUUUAAUCUUUAUGGGACGAGUCAUAAUCGCUUUACUUGACAAACUAACCGGCUAGAGAAAAAUAUAUUUUGGGCGGCUAGUGCCUAAUCCAUAAAACGAUAUAUCUUAAACUUUGCAUACUAUUAUUCAAGUUAGAAAUUCAUAUACUUUUAAAUUAAACGCAUCAGUAUAAAAUAUAGGACUUUACUCUCUUUAGUUUAGGCAGUCUGUAUUAACAACAUGAUAUUUUUGUUUAUAUCGACCAAACCACACUUUAGUCUUUACAGUGACCAAACUUUUAACCUGCGAGUUGUGUCUAAAAUUAAGGGCGCUAAAUUUCGCCAAGAAAUCAUGAAUUUAGCCUUGAUUUGGAAAACUCUAGCUUUGGCAUUUGCCUUAGCAGACGAGAAAAUCAUUGCACGUUAUGCCACUUCUCUUGCGUGGGCAAAGGCAAAGCAAUUAUUAAAAUUUGACCCGUUGCCUUGCCUGCGCGAGAAAACAUCGCACGUGUGACCCUUGCUUUACAAAAUUUACUACAAAACUGGAUAUUUUCCCAAAAAGUAAAUAGUGUAACUUGUUUGAAUAAUGCAAAAACCACUUCUUGGUGACGGUGGACUAGUUUGUUUCCCACCAAAGUCUAACUUCGAGCGGCCUUGGUGUGAGGCUAGUUAAUUUAAUAAACGUGACUGGGGCAUGAUCGGGUGUAAACCUUUCAAGUGCUUUUGACGUUUUGCGUGACAAUAUUGACAGUGUUUUGUCUGCAACACUUCAUUGUUAGAUACAAACUCUUUACUGAAAUUGGUUGAUAUUUGUGAUAGGUGGUGGACGUUCUCCAAAAGAGGCGUACAGCCUCUCCAAUUGCACGUGGUAUCGUGAGAAUGCUUGCUGUGAUAGGACAGAAGUGGCCUCGGUCUUCCGUGAGAUGCCAGCUCUACUGACCAGCGAUAAAGGAUGCUACAACAGAAUGAACUACCUCAUGUGCUACUUCUGUAGUCCAGAGCAGAAACUUUGGUAUAACCAAACACUAUCAAUCUGUCAUUCUUAUUGCGAAGAAAUCUUCAGCUAUUGUGGAUCAGCGAAGUAUAAUGGCCACAGCCUAGCAAGCAAGUAUAAAGAUGGAGUAACGUUUUGUGAAGCCCUCGCGUUUAAUGUUGUUGCGAAAAAUUUGGAGAACCAUAAUUGCUUUCAGUUUGAUCCACAACUGUUUGGUCAUGGGAACAGAAAUGGGUUAUGUCAAUGGUUGUUAGUGGCUGUCUUCAUCACCAGUGUUUACAUUAGUUGGGCAAAUUAGGGUAGCAGGUUUAGGCCGGAGGAUUAUAUUCACUAGAUCAACGUCGUAAUGCAUUUGUACCUUAAUUUAAAUGUAUAAAUAUAGUUGUAAUUAACACGAGAUGAGAUUUUACAUUAUUGUAUACAGCUAUUUCAAUUAAGGUUGUCCCCCGAGCAAAGCGGAAAAGUCGAAUACGAGCGCGAAAGGCUGCUGGGAAUCGCUAAUAAAUUCAUUCAUUUAUUAGCGAUUCCCAGCAGCCUUUCGCGCUUGUAUUCGACUUUUCCGCUUUGCUCGGGGGACAACCUUAAUUGAAAUAGCUGUUUACAUUUUAUAAAGAACAAGCAUGGUAUACCCAGAUAAAUCACAACAAUUAAAGGGACGUAUCUCUUUUUCAGUCUUGGAACGAUAGACCGCGCUAUUAUAUUUUAGACAUAUUUUUAAAAUAAUCUAAAUUGCAUGUUGUAUAUCAAAUUAUGUGUAAUAUCAAAUUGUAUAUUAGGCCAUGUAAAAAAUAUCCCGGUUUAUCAUCAGUGGCAGCAGAAAAAACCCGUGCGGAUUUAUUUUUUAUUUUUUACCGAAUCACAUUUAGUAGGUGCACGUAAAACAUAUGCUCAAACACGCAGUACAGUUUUAUGGUAUAAUAUUUUCAAUGUUAUUACACUUUUCAUUAAUAUUGUAAUUGCCAAGGCCCAAGCGCAAUAUCAUACACGUUGUCAAUAUGAACUUGUGUUUUCAAAAUGGCCGACCAUCGUGAAAAUCUCGCGUGGGUUCCUCGCACGGUCCGCUGGAAAUAGUGAUUUUUUAAAAAUAAAAAACAAAAAUCCAUGCGGCACGAAAAAUGGAUGCGGGCACUGAUGAUAAACCGGGAUAUUUUUUACAUGGCCUUAUUAAAUUAAUAUAUUAUCAACAAUCGUUCAAAUGUAUUAUUUUGUCCCAUAAACUUUCGACAAUAAUCUUUCAUCGUAGAUUUCUGCGAUAACUAUAAUAUAGGCGCAUUCACUUAAUUUCACUUUGAUCACAUAUUACUAUCUUUCGGCCAUAAUGAGGAAUAUUGCACUUUAGGGCAUAAUAAAUCUAUCUCAUAAUUGGUUCUUCUUUUAGGCGUUCUUCGACUAGGCUUUUUAUUACCAGGCCUAGGACAGAAUUCCUGAAAAAUUAUUCAGUGCAAGGGGAUAUAGAUCAGAACUGAGAUCUUAAGAUUCGUUUUGGAAAAGCUUUCCUUCCUCAAAAAUUGCGG